AUGACUGCAUCGGAUGCGCUUCACAGCGUAUUUCCUCCAGUAAUCAGACUAUAUUACAGAAUAAACAUCGAACAAGCGUUGGCUCAUCCGUACCUCGAACAGUACUACGACCCGAAUGACGAGCCGGUGUGUGAAGAACCAUUCACGUACGAAAUGGAGCUGGACGAUCUGCCAAAGGAGAAGCUAAAAGAGCUGAUUUGGCAAGAGGCUGAACUACAUCACACUCGUAUUUGCCAAGAAGAAGCCGCCGAAAGCUUUGCUGUACAAUAA